AUGUUAGACUCCCCCCACGUUCUAUUCUUUGACACGUUCGGUACUGUCGUGGAAUGGCGGCCAUGUGUCACAAAGGCACUGAGCGACGCGGCUAAGCAGGUACUUAGUGAUCCGAACAGGGAUCUUCCAGCUGAUGUACGCCAACGGGCAGCUGCACUGAGCCAGUCAGAUUGGCUUGCUUUCGCCGAGGAGUGGCGCUUAUCCUACAACAUCUUUACCCGCACCUUUGAUCCCUCCAAGGAAUUUGUGUCGGUAGACCAACACCACUAUCGUGCAUUACAAGACCUUCUUCACCAACGGGGGAUCCGGGAGCUAUUUAGCGACAGCGAGCUGUUGGAGCUCACGUUGUGCUGGCACCGGCUCACCCCAUGGCCUGAUACUGUGGCCGGACUGGACCUGCUGAACAAGAAGUUCAUUACUUCGACAUUAUCAAAUGGGAAUGAGUCAUUGCUUGAGGAUUUAAAGCAACAUGGCUCCCUGCCUUUUACUCGCAUAGUGAGUGCAGAGAACUUUGGAGCAUACAAACCGUCCCCAAUUGUAUACAACGGCGCAGCGAAUCUUCUUGGUCGUGAUUCAACCCAAUGCACCAUGGUGGCAGCACAUCUCAGUGAUUUGAAAGCAGCAAAAGGCUGUGGUUUCCAGACUGUUUAUGUGGAACGUGAAUUAGAGGAGGCUUGGUCUACCGAUCGCGUUAUGCAAGCUAAGGAAGAGGGCUUCGUCGAUAUUUGGGUGGGCUUGAAUGAGAGUGGAUUUUUGGAGGUUGCUCGCAGGUUGGGAAUCGAAUCGCAAUGA